AAGAAGGAGGGGCUUUGCCGGGCGGGAGUCGAGCUCCCAGGGGGGAGGUGGGAAGGACAUGGCCUGAGGCCAGGAUAGCCCGGGAAGUUAAAGUUGGCAGACUUGCACCCCGUGGCUUUUUUUUUUAAAGCCCUGACGUGGACUCUCUUGGUUCUAGUCUCCGAGUUUUUUCAGAAGGGACUGUCCGGUCUGAGAAGGCCAAGGGAGGGACACAUAGCAACUUCCGUUUCCUUCUAGGCCGCGGCCCUCCGCCCAGCGGAGUUGUUUUCCUGAUCCGGGCUCGGGCUGCCCCUCCUCUGGGACCCUCCCCUCGGGAACUGUCGCCUACGGCUGUUAGGACUGGAGUGCUUGGCGUGAUUGUUCCUUGACCAACAGAAGUUGAAAGCAAAAGUAACUUCAAUUAACAUCUGUAAAUAGAAUGUUUCUUCAGCUAUUCUCUUGCUGGCAGUUUUGGAAAAGGUGGACAAGUCCUAUUUUCAAGAGAAGAUGACUUUUAACGGUUUUGAAGGAUCUAAAACUUGUGUGCCUGCAGACUCCAAUAAGGAUGAAGAAUUUGUAGAAGAAUUUAAUAGAUUAAAAACAUUUGCUAACUUUCCAAGUAGUAGUCCUGUUUCAGCAUCAACACUGGCUCGAGCAGGGUUUCUUUAUACUGGUGAAGGAGAUACUGUGCAGUGCUUUAGUUGUCACGCAUCAGUAGAUAGAUGGCAAUAUGGAGACUCAGCUGUUGGAAGACACAGGAAGAUAUCCCCAAAUUGCAGAUUUAUCAAUGGCUUUUAUUUUGAAAACAGUGCUACACAGUCCACAAAUCCUGGUAUCCAAAAUAGCCAGUACACGGCUGAAAAUUUUGUGGGAAACAGAAAUCAUUUUGCUCUUGACAGGCCAUCUGAGACUCAUGCAGAUUAUCUUUUGAGAACUGGACAGGUUGUAGAUAUGUCAGACACCAUAUUCCCAAGGAACCCUGACAUGUGUAGUGAAGAAGCCAGAUUGAAGUCAUUUCACAACUGGCCAGACUAUGCCCAUUUAACGCCCAGAGAGUUAGCUAGUGCUGGACUCUACUACACGGGGAUUGAUGAUCAAGUGCAAUGUUUUUGUUGUGGUGGAAAACUGAAAAAUUGGGAACCCUGUGAUCGUGCCUGGUCAGAACACAGGAGACACUUUCCUAAUUGCUUCUUUGUUUUGGGCCGGAAUGUUAAUGUUCGAAGUGAAUCUGGUGUGAGUUCUGAAAGGAAUUUCCCAAAUUCAACAAAUUCUCUAAGAAAUCCAGCCAUGGCAGACUAUGAAGCACGGAUUGUUACUUUUGGAACAUGGAUGUACUCAGUUAACAAAGAGCAGCUUGCAAGAGCUGGAUUUUAUGCUUUAGGUGAAGGUGAUAAAGUGAAGUGCUUUCACUGUGGAGGAGGGCUCACAGAUUGGAAGCCAAGUGAAGACCCUUGGGAACAGCAUGCGAAGUGGUAUCCAGGGUGUAAAUAUCUAUUGGAUGAGAAAGGGCAAGAAUAUAUAAAUAAUGUUCAUUUAACCAAUUCUCUUGGAGAAUCUUCGGUAAGAACUGCUGAAAAAACACCAUCACUAACUAAAAGAAUCGAUGAUACCAUCUUCCAGAAUCCUAUGGUGCAAGAAGCAAUACGAAUGGGAUUCAGUUUCAAGGACAUUAAGAAAACAAUGGAAAAAAAAAUCCAAACAUCUGGGAGCAGCUAUCUAUCACUUGAGGUUCUGAUUGCAGAUCUUGUGAGUGCUCAGAAAGAUAAUACACAGGAUGAGUCAAGUCAGCCUUCAUUGCAGAAAGACAUUAGUACUGAAGAGCAGCUAAGACAACUACAAGAGGAGAAGCUGUGCAAAAUCUGUAUGGAUAGAAAUAUUGCUGUAGUUUUCGUUCCUUGUGGACAUCUGGUCACUUGUAAACAAUGUGCUGAAGCAGUUGACAAAUGUCCCAUGUGCUACACAAUCAUUACAUUCAAGCAAAAAAUUUUUAUGUCUUAAUCCAGCACCACAGUAGGCAUGUUAUGUUCUUCUUACCCUAAUUGAAUGUGUGAUAUGAGCGAACUUAUUUUAACUAAUCAGUAUUGCAUUCUAUUAGCAUCUGCUCCCAAAUGGAAACAAAUGUUAACAUCACUGUUUCAGUCUAAACUUUGUAUUUCUGGAUCUUUCAGUUUAUUAGCUAUAUUAUUUAUCCAAUUUUUUACUCAACUGAAACCUUAGACAAAGAACCUUUUUAUAACUUAUAAUCUAUGUUUGUAGUACACUGACUUGAUUUCUAUAUGUAAGUGUAAUUAAUCAUCUGCAUUUUCCAUUCCUUUCAGAUAAACUUAACAAAUGCAGUGUUCUGUAUAAGCAGCGAGAUUUGAGUUAAUCUGUCCAAUCACUUAAUUUGCUUAUUGUGAACAGGACAUGAACUGUUCCACACUGGUGGGAGGAUAAACAUUCUUUUAUAGAUGUUUGUCUCUGUAUUUUUAAGAUUCUAUCCAUUUUCUUUUGGAAUUAUAAAUGUGCUUGUAUGAAUGAUUUUUAAGUGAUUUUGCCAUCUCCCAAAAGAUAUUUAAUAGUAGACUACCAUCUAACCAGCAUGUACUGACAUAGAAAGGCAGCAAAGAUAACAUAAGUAUAAAAUACAAAUGGCAAAACACUAUGUGUAGUUUGAGCCAAAUCAAGGUGUGUGUAUUUUAUAUCUGUAUAGGACAGAAAGAUUUGGAAAGAUAUGCAUCACACACUUAAAUGUAUUUUUUUUCUUGAGGGGGUGGGGCAUGGGUCUUAUAAGAGCCUUUCACUUUUUUUCAUUUUAUUCUGUUUGAAGUUUUAUAGGUAUGUAUUACUUUUAUAAUCAGAACUUUUAGGAAAUAUUUUACUGAUUUAAAGGCUUAGGCAUGUUCAAACGUCUGCAAAACUACUUAUCACUCAGUUUUAGUUUCUCUAAUCCAAGAAGGCAGGCCAUUUAACUUUUCUGGUGCCAAUGUGAAGUUUAAAUGUUUUUGUUUUACCUGCUUUGUGGAUGGGAAAUAUCUCUGAGUGGUAGUUUUCUGACAGGUAGACCAUGUCUUAUCUUGUUGCAAAAUAUUUCUGAUUUUGUAAAAUGAAAUAUAAAAUAUGUCUCAGAUCUUCCAAUUAAUUAGUAAGGAUUCAUCCUUAAUCCUUGCUAGUUUAAGCCUGCCUAAGUCACUUUACUAAAAAUGAUCUUUGUUAACCCAGUAUUUUAAACAUCUGUCUGCUUAUGUAGAUAAAAGUAGAAGCAUGUUUGUAUACUGCUUGUAGUUUUAGUGUCAGCUGUCCACGUCUCAUGUUAUUUUGGUCCUAAAAGUUUCAUGUAGUUUUUACUGUUAGGAUGAUUAAAGUGUAUAUAGUACAAAGUGCUAA